UUCGUUCCUAAAGUUGUAAUGCUUAUACCGCUACAUAUAAUUAUUUAAAGAAUCGGCCUUCUUAGCACCAUUGCCGUCAAAAUACGACUAAAAAUGUCUUAAUCAAACAUAGGAAGUGACUACACCGUAUUAUCUACAUUGUGGUUUUAUCCUAAAUAUACUAAUUUACAUACUCCGUUUCACAAGAGAGUGCGCCCGCUCUCUGUAUACAGCGGCUCAAGUAACGCACCACAAAUAUUACCCCGACUAACAUUUUUAAUAUAAUAUAUCAGUAUAGGAGUUAUUUUUAUGAAAUAAGUAUAAUUUAUUUUGAUUAUUACUUUUUUAUUAUUAAAACUACCAUAAAACAUAUUGUAAUAAUAAUAAACUAAAUUGCACCAGUAACCACUCUGUAUAAUCUUAUAACAACGUUGUUCGACAAGGGUACGACGGCAAUCGACAAAUACCGACGGUAGGCAACCUCACCAGGAAUGUGGUGCGGAUGCGCGGAAUUGAACACGUUUUGGUCGCUGCUCAAUCGCACUAUCGUGGAACGGAGUAUAAUUCAAAGUAUUUUAAAAGUGGUCCUAUAUCAGUAGGUACCAACCUUGGUUGCGGAAUUCCAGGAUAAUGAGAUUAUAAUAUUGAAGAACGGUUUCGCGCGGGACAAACAUUACAAGUACUUUACGAGUACAUUAUUUACAACUAAUUAGAAAAUUUGAAUAUUCACACUUAAUAGAAGAGAACUUUAUCUGUGUCGUAGCUUUUUAAUUUUUUUGACAUCAAUAUUCAAUUGUUUUUAAUAGACAUAAAAAACAUGAAUCUACGAACAAUUUAGAUUGUCUUUAAGUUAUGUAUCAAAAAAAUAAAAUCGCUAUGACUUGCAUACAUUUUUAUACCUGUAUAGUAAAAAUUUGGGAAGGUUUCUGAAAAUACCACUUUCGUAAAAUGUGUCGUCUUACGUUGUUCCGCGCAUAACCAUUUUUAUAGAUUUUUAUAGAUAAAUGCUACACUGCCUGUGAGCGUCCUUAAAAGAAAACCCGGCUAUUGCUGAAUGUUGGCGUCACCUAGCAAGAAAUCACUGAACUAUGGAAAAAAUUCCUGAAAUAGGGAUAUGUGGCAUCACCAUAUAUCCUCUAUAUAUCGUAACAUUCUUUAUAUCGUGCAUUCGUCUUGCCGAGCCUAUUUAAUGCCAAUCAACUAUUGUAUUUUAGUCGAGAAAAUAAAUAUGGCCGAUAUGCACAAACAGUAUGGCUAUACGGAAUCUGAUAUUGAUGUUAUAUCCAUAGACCUAUAAACUACUGGACAGCGCUUAGAGAGAGAAGUAAGGGGUACGAUAUAGAGUGAGCAAGAAAGGAAACAAAGUGCCUAGUAACAUUUAUACAGUUCCUUAUGCGGGCAGGGUGGAGUGGACUGUGCGGUACAUUAGUAAGGUUAUAGCUAUAUUAUGGUUAUAUCUCUUUACUUGUCAUAAAACGUGCCACCAGAGGUCUCUCUGACGACGGCCGUACUAGGCCGUACACAGUCGUUUGGGUGGGAAAGUAGUGGGAAUAACGGCGGUCGGCGAUCAUCCAAUCAUCCAAUACUCUACCGACGGCAAUAACACGACAAGUAACAACAACAUACCACUCAGACAGUCAGACAGUCUAAAAACCGUCGAUUAUCGAGAAUUGUCAAUUAUUACUUUUUUGUUUCUGCGUCCACUACAAUGCCUGCAUACGCGUCCGGAAAGCUCAUCAUAGUGUCCAACAGGCUUCCAUUCAUUCUCAAAAAAAACGAACAAACGCUAAAAUUGGAAAGAAAAGCCAGUGCUGGUGGGUUAGUCACUGCUGUGGCACCUGUUGUAGUUCAAGGAAAUGGACUAUGGAUUGGAUGGGCUGGUAUUCACUUAGAGGAAGGUGAAAAAAUACCAGAAUCUGAUCCUAAUGAUACAACACCUACUGCUGGAUUACGUUCUGAUAAAGUUAUACCCGUUGAUUUUGAUCCUCAAACGUUUGAUAGUUAUUAUAAUGGUUGCUGUAAUGGAACAUUUUGGCCUCUAUUCCAUUCAAUGCCUGACCGAGCACAAUUUUCUGCUGAAUCUUGGAAAUCAUACUGUGCAGUCAAUAAAGAAUUUGCAUCAAAAACAGUAGGGGCUUUGGAAAAUUUAUCAACAGAAGAAACAGAUUCUGGAACACCUCUUGUUUGGUUGCAUGAUUAUCAUCUUAUGUUAGCUGCGAACAGUAUACGAAAUGUUGCUGAUGAAAAAAAUUUGAAAUUUAAAUUAGGAUUUUUCCUUCAUAUACCAUUUCCUCCAUGGGAUAUUUUUAGGUUGUUUCCGUGGGCUGAUGAAAUUCUUCAAGGAAUGUUAGGUUGUGAUAUGAUUGGUUUUCAUAUUGAAGACUAUUGUUUAAAUUUUGUGGAUUGCUGUCAGCGGAGAUUAGGUUGUCGAGUAGAUCGAAAAAAUUUACUUGUUGAACAUGGUGGUCGCACAGUACGUAUUCGUCCAUUGCCAAUUGGUAUACCAUUUGAUCGAUUUGUCGAAAUGGCAAAGCAAGCACCCACUGUAAUAAGUACAUCAUUACAAUUGAUACUUGGUGUAGAUCGAUUGGAUUACACUAAAGGGUUAGUACAUAGAUUAAAGGCUUUUGAAUUCCUAUUGGAACGAUAUCCACAACAUAAGGGUAAAGUAGCACUUAUGCAAAUUGCCGUUCCAUCACGUACAGAUGUUAAGGAAUACCAGGACCUUAAAGAGGAAAUGGACCAACUUGUUGGACGAAUAAAUGGUCGUUUCUCAACUCCUAAUUGGUCACCCAUUAAAUAUAUUUAUGGUUGUGUUAGUCAAAAUGAUUUGGCAGCUUUCUAUCGUGACUCAGCUGUAGCAAUGGUUACACCACUUCGUGAUGGCAUGAAUUUAGUAGCCAAAGAGUUUGUUGCUUGUCAAAUUAAAGAAUCACCUGGUGUUCUUAUUGUAUCUCCAUUUGCUGGCGCUGGUGAAAUGAUGAAUGAAGCUUUAAUUUGUAAUCCGUAUGAAUUAGUUGAAGCAGCUGAUACUUUGCAUAGAGCAUUGACUAUGCCUGAAGAUGAAAGGAUUUUAAGAAUGAGGUGUUUGAGACGUAGAGAAAAAGUACAUGAUGUAGAUUUUUGGAUGCGAUCUUUCCUUAAAGCAAUGGGUACUUUAAUAUUUGAAGAUGGAGAUGAUGUUUUGCCAACUACCAUGCAACCAGUCACUUUACAGGACUUUGAUGAUUAUUUGGCUAAAUAUAUUGGGAACACAAACAAGCUUGCAUUGCUUUUAGACUAUGAUGGUACAUUAGCUCCAUUAGCUCCUCACCCAAACCUAGCUACAUUACCUUUAGAAACUAAAAGUGUUUUAGAAAGGUUGGCCAAUAUGCCUGAUGUAUACAUAGCCAUUAUUUCUGGUAGAAAUGUUCACAAUGUUAAAGAUAUGGUUGGUAUUGAGGGUCUAACUUAUGCUGGUAAUCAUGGACUGGAAAUUCUUCAUCCAGAUGGAAGUAGGUUUACGCAUCCAAUGCCUAAAGAAUAUGUAGAAAAAGUUGGAGAUCUGUUGAAAGUGCUUCAAGAACAAGUUUGCAAAGAUGGUGCAUGGGUAGAAAACAAAGGUACUUUAUUGACAUUCCAUUACCGUAAAGUACCUGUUAACGCUCGACCUGAGCUUACAUCCACAGCACAGCGUCUGAUAGAAGAAGCCGGAUUUAAAGCAGGCCAGGCUCAUUGUGCCAUUGAAGCCAAACCUCCAGUACAAUGGAACAAGGGACGCGCAUCUUUGUAUAUUUUACGUACAGCUUUUGGUUUGGAUUGGAGUGAACGCACACGCAUUAUUUAUGCAGGAGAUGAUGUAACCGAUGAAGAUGCAAUGCAGGCAUUAAAAGGUAUGGCAGCAACUUUCAGAGUAGCCCAGUCUCAAAUAGUUAAAACCUCUGCAGAACGUCGUUUGCCAAGUACUGAUUCUGUGUUAACUAUGUUGAAAUGGGUUGAAAGACAUUUUGGCAAACGGUUACCUCGUGAAGAUAGUUUUGGUAAUUUAAACAAUAAUCACAAGAGUUCAUUUGUAGAUAUUGAAUUGGAGCUCAGUAUGCCAGAAGAAAAGUCUCCACAAUAAUACUAAUUAUUCACAAAUAUUAAUAUCUUUAUAUCUUGAAGUUUUUUUUCACUCAUAUUCAGUGACACAGCGUGUUAGUAUAACAAUUAUAAUAUGUAAUUGUAAUAUUAUUUUUAUGUAACUGAAGUAUGUUUUAUUUUUGUAAAAGAAUACAUAAUAUUCAUGUUCAAUAUUUAUAGAAUGUUUGUAAAUUUUAAAAUUAACAACAAAUAAAAUAUUCUGUAAGUCAGUUAAAGGUUAAUGAAAAAAAGUAAUUAAUGUUUAAAUUUAAAAAAAGAUAUGGAUUAACAGGUCUAUUACAUUCUUUAAAUAAUAUAUAAUAAAAAUUAAAUAAUAUAGUUUAUAGUUUCUUAUAUUUUAUAUUUUAAUUAUCAAGCAAUUGGCUAUCUAUAAAAUAUAUUUAUUAAAAUGAAACACAUAUACAGUAGAUAGUGAUAAUCAAUAAAUGUAUCAUUCGUGAUUAUCAAUUAUGUUAUUUUUCAUUCCUAAUAAAUUGUAAUAUUUAAUAUGUUGAACAAAUUUUGCUACUUAGUAGAAAGCAAAAAAAAAAACCAAAUAUAUAGUUACAAGGUGAUAUGUUAAAAUACCAGCAAAAAAAUAAAUACUUAAUUAAGUUUAAAACUAACUAAAUUAAAAUUUUCAACUUUAUACCAUCAAAACAACUGUGCCAUCAUCUAAAUUUAUAUUUGUAAUCGGGUAAUUUUUUUUGUUAGAUUUAAUAGUUUAAUUAAUACAUUAUUUAUAUAUCAUAUUAUACAAUAUAUAGUACUUAUUUUUUUUAUA